AUGCAGAAAAAAGAUCCCAUAAACUUAUGUUCAGAGUCCCUAGUUUCACAAACACCUACUAAAGAAUCUUCGAUUCCAAGAAAUAUUUUUUCAAAAGCCCGUGCAUUUUUUUCACCUUCAAUAUGGAAACAAAAUUCUUAUGAAAAUAGACAAGAUGAGAUAUAUCAAUCUUCGAACUUUAAAAACGAAAAUAAUGAUAAUAUUGAUUUAAAAAAUCACAGUUAUCUUCAAGAAAAUAAUAUUAUAGAGGAUAGUUUUUUCAAAAAAAUAGAAAAUCAAAAAACUGAAGGAAAUAAUACUCCAUCAAAACCAUUAUCUUCUGAAACAUUUUCUAAAAAUAACAUAAAUAUUUUUUCUAUAGACCCAACUACCCCAAAAAUGGAUCAAGACAUUUUAUCUAAUAAAAUAUCUACUCCAAAUGAAAUUCUAUCAUCAUUUUUUUCUAAAAAAGGGAACUCGCCUCUUAAUACUGUAGAAAUAGAAGGCGUAAUAAGCUUGAUGUCAAAAAAUACAACAUCAAAUAUCGACUUUUCUUCUUUUAUUACACCUUUAAAAGCACAACAGUCAACAUUUUCAGUGCAUAAUAGAAACUUUGUAUCAACUCCUGAUCCAUAUAUUAAAUUUGGAUCAUCUAUACCUACAUUUUCACGUUCUAAAACAUAUUCGAUUUUUGGACCAACUAUAAGUACACCAUUUCGUAAACGAAAAUCUACUCAAAGAUCAUCAUUUCGUAUAAAUAAUAUCUCUAAGCAUUUUUCACCUUCCAAAUAUGAUCUUUUAGCAACAAUUGAUGUAAAUGAAAAUCAAAAUACUAAAUCCGGUAAUAAGCAUGAAUUAGAUAUAACAUUGGCACCAGAAGCAAAACGUCGUCAUCUAGAUUCUGUAUCUUCUACAUCUACUAUUAUUAAAGAGCCAUCAUCUCAGGUUUCAAAAGUCUUAGAUUUGAAUAUAGAAAAUUUUAUAAAAUCUACAAAAACUCGUACUGCAACAAAUAUUUUAAAUAUAUUGGACAAAAAAGAAAAGGAUGUAGACUUUGUUAAAACAAAACUCGAUAUUCAAUCAACUUUAAGUCCAUAUGCAUCUCCAUCUACUUCUAGAAGAGCAAUAUAUUCAAAAAAUGGAUCUAAUUCGAAUAUUAUUAAUCUGAAAAAACAAAAAUCUAUUGCAGGAAAAAUUGAAGAAACUAUGUAUUUGAAUGCAUCAUCUAACUAUUACGAUAAAAAAAAUAUUCAAGGUCUUGAAACUUCAUAUAAAAAAUAUAAGCCUACUAUCAGCUCAAAUUUACAAAAUGUUAUUUCUAUAGAAGCAUGGAAUGAGGAUAAUUUAAAAAACUAUAAUACCAAAACUAAUAAUUCAAAAAAUCUUAAUAUUUUUUCAUCUGAAUUAAUUAUUUCUAAAAAUUUUACAGAAGAAAAUAUUUCAGCAAAUAAAAAUUUAGUUAUUUCUCAAUCUUUUGAAACUAAACAAAAAAGAUACAAUUCAUUAAAUUCAGGGUUUGCAUCUGAAUCAAAGGCUAAUGAUGAAUCAUCAGUGAUUUGCUCAUUAAAUGAUCGUAAUAAACAUACAGUUAUUUCAUCCUCUAAUCCUUUAAAUCAAAAAACGGUGUCAGUUGAUGAAUCUUUAAAAAUUAUUAAUAAAUCUUUAAAACAUGAAAUAUAUAAAAUUGAUAUAAAUUUGCUUCCUCAAUUUUCAUUUACUAUGUUGUCAUUCAAAGAAAUAAGAAAUGAAAUAAAAAAUAUAUCAUUAAUACCAGAAAUGCAAUUAUAUAAUUAUAAUUUUACCAUUCCCAUCUAA